AUGGACUUUGUUUCUGGGCUUCCACGCACUCAAAGAAAUCAUGAUGCAAUUUGGGUUAUAGUUGAUAGGCUAACCAAGAGUGCUUAUUUCUUGGCCAUCAAAAUGGACUACCCACUUGAACGUUUAGCACAAUUGUAUGUUAAUGAGAUUGUGAGGCUGUAUGGAGUUCCUAUUUCUAUUGUAUCGGACCGAGACCCAAGGUUUACAUCCAGAUUCUGGACUAGCUUGCAAGAAGAUUUGGGCACUAGGUUGAACUUUAGUACUUCUUUCCAUCCUCAGACAGACGGCCAGUCAGAGAGGAGUGAUGUUGGUGAAAGAAAAUUGGUUGGCCCUGAGAUUGUGCAACAAACUGAAUAUAAGGUAAAAAUCAUCAAGGAUCGUCUAAAAAUUUCCUCGGAUAGACAAAAGUCUUAUGCUGAUCUUAAGGGGCGUGAAAUUGAACAUCAAGUGGGAGAUAAAGUACUUGAGAGAGUUGGUCCAGUUUCAUAUAAAGUAGCUCUUCCACCAGAGUUAGAUAAGAUCCAUAAUGUCUUCCAUGUUUCUAUGCUUAGAAGAUAUCGCUCAGAUCCAUCUCAUGUUCUUCCUGCUAAAACCAUUGAGGUCAGCCCUGACUUGACAUAUGAAGAGGAACCUAUCCAAACCUUGGCGCAUGAGACAAAAGAGCUUAGAAACAAGAAAAUCCCAUUAGUAAAAGUCCUUUGGAGAAAUCAUUCUGGCAAAGAGGCUACCUGA